AUUGCUUCCUGAUCACUAAAGCAGUAUAGACAGAUAAAAUGGAUCAGAAAUUGAUUGAAGUGGCCAGGAAUGGAGAUAUAGACGCUUUAUACACAUUACUUAGGGAGGAUCCUUUCAUUCUUGAGAAUGUCGAAAAGAUUCCAUUUACUAAUACUCCUUUAGAUUGGGCUGUGUUAGCUGGUCAUACCUGUCUUGUGGAGGAAAUUAUAAAUUUGAAGCCUUCUUUCAUUUUGAAGCUAAACGAAGAUGGAUUCAGCCCCCUGCACCUAGCUUCAAUAUCUGGGCACUUAGAGAUUGUGAAGGUGUUCUUGAAAAAAGAAAGUGGAUGCCGCCUAGACAAACUAAAGGAAGCCAUGAAUGUUGAUGGUAGUCUUUGUAACUUGAAAGGCAGAGAGAAGAGGACUCCUCUUCAUUGUGCAGCUAUUGCUGGUCACAUUGAUGUUUUGGAAGUAUUGCUCCUCAAUUGCCCAAACUCUAUCAAAGUUUUAACUGCUAGAAAGGAGACUGCUCUUCAUCUGGCUUUGAAAUUUGGUACAGUCGAAGCCUUCAAAGUAUUGGUGAGUUGGCUCAAAAAGCAUUGGCACAUCGACAUUCUAAGUUGGAAAGACAAUGAAGGAAACACUGUCUUGCACCUUGCUACCUCAAGAGGACAAUAUGAGAUAGUAAAGCUACUUUUACAGAGUAGUGGCUUCUUUGUUAGAAACGCUAUCCAAGUAAAUGAGAGGAACACCGAUGGGUUGACAGCAUUGGAUCUCUUAAUGCAUCUUCCAAGUGAUCAAGCAGACCAAGAAAGAAUGAGAAGUAUGUUAUGCAGUGUAGGAGCUAAGAGAGGCCAAGACAUUAUUGGGAAGAAGGAAGUAGUAGCAGGAAAAACUUCUGUACUAAAAUGGGUACUGUCUAAGUCAUCAAAAAUCAAAUCUCUGUUUAGGUAUUUCAUGAGAUUGAAGGUGGAUAGGGAUACUCCAAGUGAAACGCGAAAUGCGCUGUUGGUGGUAAUUGUUCUAAUUGUCACAGCAACUUAUCAAACAGGACUCAAUCCCCCUGGUGGCUACUGGCAGGAUGACUACUUUGUUUCUGAAGACAGCACCACCAACUUCAAUCAUGGGGUAGUCUCCCAUUUCGCGGGACAGCCAAUUUGGUCUACCAAAGAGCCAGAAAUAUACAAUUUGGUGAUGUUGUUUAACUUUGCAGGGUUUCUACUAUCAGUGGUUCUGGUUUUCAACCUCACAGUAGGAUUCCCAUUGCGUGGUCCACUCCUAGUAGCUCUAUUCUCUAUGUUGCUCACUUAUUCAUGGUCAACACCAAUUUUUUAUAAUGGUCCAGGUGGUGAAUAUUAUAAUUAUCUUACUACAUCAACCUGGGUUGGUAAUAUGAUGUUAUGGGUUCCAAUUUUGUUGGUGAUAAUCAUCUGGGCCAUGGCUGCAAACUGGACUGGGCAGAUCUGGUGGAAGCUCUUGCGACUUACUGGCCUUGUCAGGGAUUAA